AGUUGUGUAAGGUUAUGUUAGAAAUUCGACAUUCGAAAUAAUUUCGCUUUUACGAUUAAUAAAAGGAAAAACCAUGCCUCCGAAUUAUGAACAGAUUAAGAAAAAAUUACACACCGCUUUGAAGCUGGGUGGUUUCAUGGUGCGCAGAGAAUUUUGUGCCUUAAUUGUUGAUAAAUUUUUGGAACAACGCAUAGAUUUGGACAAUAAACAUUAUCUGGACAAUUGCAUAAAAAACUUAUGUACCAGUUUAGAGAACCAGUGCCUUAUAGAUCAAAGUAUUGAGCGAGAGCACAUCGAGCGAGCUUUAGAGGUAUGUUUAAAUUCUGGCUAUGACAGGAACGAAACCGUGAUCAAUGUUAUAAGUGCGUUUGAGUUUCCAAAAUUCGCCUAUAAUGUUGACAGAAAACAGUAUUUUUUAAGUGGCCAUAAGCCCAAAUUGUUGUCCUCGCCGACCUCAAAAACCCAGUUGUUUCUUGACAGAUAUACCGCAAUUUUACAAAGAACGAAAAGGAAUUUUCAGCAGAAAAUCACUGAAGAUAACUCAGUUAAAUUAGAACUACAGACAGUGGAUUAUUUAUUGACUCUGUCAUACGUUUCUUUGAACCAUACUUUAAUAUUAGGCUCACUACUACAGGUUUCUGAAGGCAAAUAUUAUUUAGAGGAUCCUACAGGAAUCGUGCAGUUAGAUUUAAGUCACGCUGUUUAUUAUGGCGGCCUAUUUGUUGAAAACUCUUUUGUACUAGUGAAUGGACAUUAUGAGGACAGGAUAAUCAAAGUGUCUACUAUUAUUCUCCCACCAGGGGAAGAAUAUCAAAAUUCUAGACCUCUGUUCAAUAAGUUAAAUUAUUUUGGUGGACAAUCAUUAACCCCUCUGAAAGACUCAAUAAAAUUAAAAGAUCAUUUACAAAGGAAUAGAGGUGCAUCAUUAAUGUUUUUCUCCAAUGUGUGGCUGGACCACCCAGAAACUUUUGAAAAACUGGAAACGCUGUUUAAUGGUUUCAACCCAAAUCCACCAGUGGCGUUCGUAUUUAUGGGAAACUUUAUGUCUGAAUGUUACAGUAGCGAGAAAAUGGACACUCUGAGGAAACUGUUUAAACAAUUGGCUGAAUUAAUUAAUCAGUUUACUAAUUUAGUCACCCAUAGUCAUUUUAUUUUUGUACCUGGAUUGGAAGAUCCAUGCACAUCAUAUGUAGUUCCAAGGUUACCUAUGCCAAGUGUAGUAACUGAAGAGAUGACCAAAACCAUACAUGAUAACGUGAUUUUUACAACAAAUCCGUGCAGAAUUCAGUAUUGUACAAAAGAAAUCACCGUUUUUAGAGCAGAUAUACUCCCUAAAUUAUUACAAGCUUCAUUGCACAAGCCAUCUAAAGCUGAGUUAGCAGAUAAUUUGACAAGAACUAUAAUAAGCCAAGGACAUCUUGCGCCACUACCUCUAAAUGCUUUAACUGUACAUUGGGACUUUGAUCAUGCUUUAAGCCUUUAUCCUUUACCAGAUCUGGUUGUCAUAGGGGAUAAAGCUGAAUCCUACCAAGGGAAAUACAAGGGAUGCCAACUCAUGAAUCCUGGGUCCUUUUGUGAAAGUGGUUUUCAAUUUAAAGCCUACACGCCCUUUUCCGACAAAAUAGAAGACUGCAUCUUAUAAGAUGAAAAUAUAAUGUAUAUAAAUUUAUUAGUUAGGGCUCAAACAUAAUCCUAAAUAAAUUGUACACUUGAAAA